UCUUGCCUGGGCAUUUCUGUCUGAGGCCGAUGGGGGAGGUGCAAAGCCCUUUGAGCAGAGUGGUGCAUUCUGGAUGUUGUUCAGAAAGACUGGCUGUAGGGUGAGAGCGUGUGCAGCCAGAUGGGGUGUGUGUGUGUGUGCCCCUUGGGAAGCUUGCUCAUAUAAUCGAGAAGAGAAGCUGGAAGGGAGCAGAGCUAGUCUUUGUCAAGACCUCUCAGGGCAGUUAGGGAGCUGUGAAGCCUGUGCUUUAUUGCACUCUGGUUGGAGAAAUGGAUCUCUCCCCACCAAGGGAGGGGUCCAGACGCGGGGAACCAAUCACCAAGUACCCUGUUCCACAUUUGGAGGUAAUCAUGAGUCUCUUGUGGGGAAGGCAGCUGACACCUUGUUGGGUUGAGGAGUGAUGUGACGUAGCUGUGACCAUGUCCAGGCUGGCCUCCAGCGCCUGACAGGUCUGUUUGGGGCCGAGCUAUCCUCUCCAAGUUUGGGCUCCCAUGAAAGAUCUCUCCUUCCUUGGAGGUGUCUAGGAUUUCUGCUCUCACAGACCACUCUCUCUCCACUCAUGCCUUCUCCUCCUCCUCUUUCUCCUCAUGUGAGAUCAGGGUUCCUCUGACCUUUUUCUCCAGCGUUGCUUGGCCACAGGGAGGCUGCUCCUGUGGACAUCCAGUUCAGAUUGGUAAGACAGGGUGCCCGGGUUCUGAUCCCAGGUCAUGUGGAUCAUAGAUAGGGCCACAGGUGCGCAUUACCAGACCCUCAGGGGGUCUCCCCGGCCUCCGAUGCUUUAUUUUGCCUCCGUGAGACUUCUCUCAGGUAGCCGCUGUGGAACGCGGGAUGUCACCCGUAAGGAGAUUUUUUUUUUUUUUUUUCUUUUUUGAAAGUUAACACUCUCACUCCUCGUUCUAACGAAGGUCACAGCCCACGCUGUAGGGGGCACCUAGUGGCUUCCCAGGUUGCUCCCUGGCGUUGCGGCCGCCGGGAAACAUUGCUCAAGGUCUUUGUGUCAUUUGGAAAAUGGAGCUAUUUUUCCCUGCCUUCUUCACGGAGCUGUUGCGACAACUCCAGCCUGCGAGCUGAACACCAUUUCUAAUAAGCGACCGUGAUCCUCAAUGCAACCUCCACUGUUCCAGGACUCAACCCAAACCCAUCUGUGCCUCUGAUGGCAGGUCCUAUGAGUCCAUGUGUGAGUACCAGAGAGCCAAGUGUCGAGACCCAGCCCUGGGAGUGGUCCAUCGAGGGAAAUGCAAAGAUGCUGGCCAGAGCAAGUGUCGCCUGGAGAGGGCUCAGGCCUUGGAACAGGCCAAGAAGCCUCAGGAGGCCGUGUUUGUCCCAGAGUGUGGUGAGGACGGCUCCUUCACACAGGUGCAGUGCCAUACUUACACGGGGUACUGCUGGUGUGUCACCCCAGACGGGAAGCCCAUCAGUGGCUCUUCUGUGCAGAAUAAAACUCCUGUAUGUUCAGGUCCAGUCACCGACAAGCCUUUGAGCCAGGGUAAUUCAGGAAGAAAAGUCUCUUUUCGUUUCUUUUUAACCCUCAAUUCAGAUGACGGCUCUAAGCCCACCCCCACGAUGGAGACCCAGCCUGUAUUCGACGGAGAUGAAAUCACAGCUCCCACCCUAUGGAUUAAGCAUUUGGUAAUCAAAGACUCCAAAUUGAAUAACACCAAUGUAAGAAAUUCAGAGAAAGUCCACUCUUGUGACCAGGAGAGGCAGAGCGCCCUGGAAGAGGCCCGACAGAAUCCCCGUGAGGGCAUUGUGAUCCCCGAGUGCGCCCCCGGUGGGCUUUAUAAACCGGUGCAAUGUCACCAGUCCACAGGCUACUGCUGGUGUGUCCUAGUGGACACAGGGCGCCCGUUGCCUGGGACUUCCACACGCUAUGUGAUGCCAAGUUGUGAGAGUGACGCCAGAGCCAGGAGCGCGGAGGCCGAUGACCCUUUCAAGGACAGGGAGUUGCCAGGCUGUCCUGAAGGGAAGAAGAUGGAAUUUAUUACCAGCCUGCUGGAUGCCCUCACCACAGACAUGGUUCAGGCCAUUAACUCAGCAGCGCCCACUGGAGGUGGGAGGUUCUCAGAGCCGGAUCCCAGCCAUACCCUGGAGGAGCGGGUGGCACACUGGUACUUCAGUCAGCUGGAUAGCAACAACAGUGACGACAUUAACAAGCGGGAGAUGAAGCCAUUCAAGCGCUACGUCAAGAAGAAAGCCAAGCCCAAGAAAUGUGCCCGGCGUUUCACCGACUACUGUGACCUGAACAAGGACAAGGUCAUCUCACUGCCUGAGCUGAAGGGCUGCCUGGGUGUUAGUAAAGAAGGUGGUAGCCUUGGCAGCUUCCCCCAGGGAAAACGAGCAGGCACAAACCCAUUCAUUGGACGCCUCGUCUAAGGAGCAGAAAAUCCAAGGGCCAGUGGAGAGUCCAAGGAGACAGGACCAGCCAUCAGACACCUAACCUUCAGCGCUGCCCACGCCCAGCCACAGCCCAUGUAACAUAAGUGGUGCCUGCCAUGUUUGCACUUUUAAUAACUCUUGUGUGUGUGUUUUGUUUCUGGUCUCAUUUGUAAACACCAGUUAUCUAAUACCGCAGCGGGAACAGGAAAGGGAAGAAAAGCUGUUUGUUCUCUCUUGUAUUGUUAAGUUUUUGGAUCUGCUACUGACAACUUGUAGGUUACUGGGGAGGGGGUUUGCUAUUGGGAUCGAGAGGAAAGAGAUUUAUAUACUGUAUAUAAAUAUAUAUGUAAAUUGUAUAGUUCUUUUGUACAGGCAUUGGUGUUACUAUUUGUCUCCUCCCUGCCCUCUCUUUCCUCUGGACUCACAGUCCAGCCUCCUCAGACUGCAUCCUUAGCUCACCUGGGUUUCAAUGGAGAUGGACUCUGUGUGAGAGUAGAUGGCGGCCCUGUGCUCGUGCUGUGGACACUAUCAGCUCUCUUCUGGUGGGAAGAGUGUACUGCUCCAAGUCAUUAGCUGUCAACGUCUGUCACUUGACCAUAGGUUGGGUAUGAGUGGAGCUCAGCUCAUGUGAUGGCCAGCAUGGACUCCAAAAUUCUCCAGUGGCCCACAUACUCCUACUAUUCAGAUACCCUUGGCAGUCUAGGGUAAAUACCUGAGCAAAUUAUGCUUGGGCUACUUCAAACAUUUCCACCCAUGUUUAGCACCUGCCCCAUGUAGGACACCAGAGCGGAUACACCAAGCAUGUGAGAAAGGGAUACCCAGCAGGGCUCUCCUUCAGCAGGUGUUUGGCAUCCGACGAGAUGGUGGAGAGGACAGGCCUGCGCCAGCCCUUCUGCAAACCCACAGGAGAGGCUCCACAGGCACGUCUCCCCCAACACCAGCGUCAGACUGUGUCUUACUUCCGUGCUCUCCCUCCAUCUCUCAGCCCAAUCCUCACCCUGUUGACCAAUACUGGAGUUGGUCCUCUGAUUCCUUCAACUUUCCUCAUGGACUUCCAGACCUGUGGACCAAUUCUAGGAAUAAAAUUCAUGUGGUGUCCCUUACUUCUGCUUCCCCAGGAGAAACAGGACUAAUAAUCCAGCUCCAGGGGAAUCCAGGCUUUUGCACAGGGUGUUACUGGGAUUGCAGAGUGGCCAUCCGGCCUUCAGGACAGAUAAGCAGCUCCUUCUGUCUAGGUGCCAUACUGAUUCAGGUGGCCUUCGGUCAGAGCAGCAAGUGACACUUAGCAGCUGUCUCCACUGCCAGCCGUGGAGGCAGCGAGGGAGGUCAGGAGCUCAGGGCUGGUGCUUUCGAUGGCUUGUUCUUGGCAAUCUGGCCUUGUCUGGUAUUCCAUCUCAGUAUCCCAGAAGCGCAUCCACCUUGGUAGACCCUCUUCUUUUUUUUUUUUUUUUUUUUUUUGGUUUUUCGAGACAGGGUUUCUCUGUGUAGCUUUGCGCCUCUCCUGGAACUCACUCGGUAGCCCAGGCUGGCCUCGAACUCACAGAGAUCCGCCUGGCUCUGCCUCCCGAGUGCUGGGAUUAAAGGCGUGCGCCACCACCGCCUGGCGGUAGACCCUCUUCUAUCUUGGGUCUGGAAGGCGUUGGCCUCAUACAUGCUUCCCUGGGUGUGGGGAGCACAGCCUUCUCGGGACUUGAUUUGCUGAAGUGUUGGCGACACGAGGUUCCUGCUAUUCUGCAGAAAGUCACACAUGUUGUCCCGUGAUGACCAGUGACCCUUUCUUGGAGCUUUGACCAAAAAAAAAAAAAAAGAAAACAAAACAAAACCCACAGUGUGCUGGAGCCAGAUGGCCCUCACAGCAGACUCGGGGCCCGUUUCCCGGCCUGAAGGAAACAUGUGCACAGAGAAGCCACCUCCGCCAGGAAUCUGCCCAGCCAUCUUCUCUCACAGAUGGGUGCAGGCUGUGCUGUGUGGGUUUCCCUUGGGAGGGAGGGAGCAAGGGGAAGUAUUUGUAGCUUGUUUUAUAAAAAAUAAAAAAUGAGUAAACUUUGGCA